AUGGAGCUGUCCGAGAUCGAAGACCUGCCGAAGAAGCUCCUUCGGGAGGAGGCUAGCCGUGCCUUCCGUCUUCAGGCUUUGCGAGCCAUCAAUGCCACCGAAAAGGCGAAGAAGGCUUAUGAAGACGGCAUGGCUAGGGUUGCCGAGGCUGGCCAGGCUAUCCAAGCUCAUGCGAACUUGGCGAAGGACACGCAGGCUGCCGAAUGGCAGGUCAAGGUUUAUCAAGCCAAGUUCGGUGAGAUGUCAGCAGCCUUGGAGUCGGCGCAGCUAACAGCAAAGGAGGCUCUAGAGGCGAAGGAGGCGGUCCAAGUGGCCUUUGAGGAGUUAGAGUAG